UUGCCCAGCCCCCGACCGAACAGUUCCCCUCUGUUCCUCCGCGUCGCCGUCCUUCCUCCUCUCGAUGCGGCGGCGUUACUCCCUCCUCGAUGCGCUGUCGAUCCGCGACAUGAUGCUGCGGGACUGCUUCUCCGCCGGUAUGGUCCAACCCCCUCCCCUCUACACUUCCUCCAUAGCCCCUAACGGAACGGAAGAGGCACCCAGCCAGUCUAUCGAGGGGAUGGCAAAGGCGCAUGGCGCGGCGGCGGCUCUAUCCCCCGACGGCGGGUACACGUCGGACACGCACGACGAGGGCCGGCCGCAAGAAAAAGAAGGAGAUGGCAGACGAUUCGCCGCCACCGACCAAGGUCCCAAACCAGUGGGUCGCCACAACUCCCUGAGCGACCGCGUCAGCGAGUGGGUUAGUAGCAUUGACAGCGAAAGCCUCUGCAUCGCCGAGGAGGAGGACGUCGCUGUCGACGACCAGAGCAAGGACCUCACGGACUACGUAGCCCGCCCGCGUCCCAUCGUGGCCGGGGAGGAGUCAGGUAGGAGUGUAGAAAAGGGCAAGCAGGUACAAUGAUUCACCACUCCUGUUCUUCUCCAUCUUGCAAUUGAAGAUUCAGGAGGCCAGGAAGGCCACAAGUGAGGCAUCCAGCUCGACUUCGCCAUGCGGGUGCGCUGCACAUUCCACCCAUCGCCGGCAAAUCAUUCGUCAGCUGGGAAGGUGAGCAAGCAGGUAAUGCCUUGCGCUUUCUGUUGUUCAUUUUCCAUUUCAUUUCUUGAUCAGCGUUCGCGUCACCACUUCAGAAUGCUGUUAUCUGAAGCUUAUCUUGUUUUCUUUGACUCAAAUAUUAUUGUGAGUACGCCAUUAUAUUAUUUGUUAGAUUUUUUAUCGAUCUUGUUAUCUGAAGCUUAUCUUGUCACCACUUCAGAAUGCUGUUAUCUGAUACUUUUCGAGACAAAAUGACUCGUGUCUGAAACUUAUGAUCUCUCCAGUGUACUUACAUUUUGGUAGCAUGUGCACUUCAUAAUUAUAUUAGUAGAAGCACUGCUUAUAUUAGCAAUUUAUUAGUACAUACUCUCCAAUUCACCACGCCUGCACAUUUUGACCGGUGUACCCUGAUAAUUUAUUAGCUUUGUGAUCGAUCAACAUAUCGUUUAGAACCCAAAUGUACUGUUAUCUGAAGCUUAUUGUUUUAUCGGUGUAAUUCGCAUGCUGAUGAUUGUACUCUCCAGCUCUCCAGGCUUGAACAUUUUCGUCAGUGUAACCUGAUCAUUUCCUAGCUUCUUCAUAAUUGAUUAGACCAUCAGAUACUACAUUGCCAAUUUUUCGGUAAACUACUACAGUAUCAUUUUCCAAUUUCAGGUAUGAAUAUUGCUAAAUGUAAAAUUCUCUUGCGGGCGAGAAUAUGUGUUGUAAAAAUUUUAUGAAGUAUUUGUAGUGCCUAUUUUAUUUUCUCAAAUAUAUUAGUUUUUCCUCAAUA